GGCUACGUGAAAAUUUGGACAGCGAUCCGAGAUCAAAGAUGGCGGGCGCCUCCGACCCUCUGGAAGAUAUGCUCUUCUCCGAGGUGGACGAAAAAGCUGUUAGCGACUUAGUGGGCUCACUGGAGUCGCAGCUUGUCGGCCAAAGCAACCCAGCAGCUCCCCAUACAGAAACUAGGGGUGCUGGGUCUACAGGCGCUGCCAAUCACCACUUAGGAAGAAUGCUACCUGCCCAAGUGGGCACUGUACUAGAGCAGCAACAACAAGGACAACAUAAAGCGGGGCUAAAUCAGGAGCCCAACUCAAAAGAAACUAACUCCGAUAAGAUACCGUCUUCACUUAGUUCCAUUUCUCCUUACGAAGAAGCUUCCAUCACUUCUGCGGCCGGGGUAAACGCCAACAGCGGCUUGCAAUCACAUGGAGCAUCUAAUACCACAACACUGUCUGCAUCUGGUCUGGUAACUUUGCCACCUCCGCUGGUCAGCAUCAACGCUUCCAACAGAGGUACUGUUUUGGGUUCAGGUGGGUCAGCAACCGUAACGACAGAGACUGAUUCUCUAAAAAAUCACAUCACUUCAACCAUAAGGACUACUCCUACAGGAAUACAGAGUUUGAACGGUAACAGCGGAGCGGUAACGUUAGUGAACUCUCAUUCAAAUACUGCUGCUACUACCGAUGUUGCGGGAUUUCAAACCGGAGGUGGAACAGUGUCUUUGGUCAAUAACGUUAACGCGGUUGUUAGCUGUGCCAGGUCAGUUAAUUCUAAUAUAACAACGGCAUCUAGCGCAAAUACGACCACUUUAGGCGCAGCCGAUUUUCCUCCAUCUCAAACUGCGAGUACUCUGGAUGAUCGAGAGACUCCAACUAUAGCCUUGCAAAGACUUCCGAGUCACAUUAUGGCUAACAUUGCACAGAAUGGGAAUGGUACUACAGUCUCAACAUCGGUCCAACAAGACGCUCGGACAGGUCCCCCUGUUACCACAGUUGCUCAGCUUGUGAACCACACCAAGAGUGUAGAUGCCAGCAAUCCAAAGUCAGACUGUCCCGUACAGUCAAAGAUUAUUAUGUCGACUCAGCCUGGUCCUGUCUGUUCAACCAACAAUCCCGUCACCUCUCCCGCUCCAGCUAUUAACCCUACAACUAGCCAGCAGCAGGCUUCCUUAGCCAAUUCGGUGCCUGCAGCCAGCAGUCCCGUAACUCUCACUGCGGUGACGAAACCGACGGUAAAUAUUGUGGGACAGCCGACAGUCACAACUGUCAGUAUAAGACCGGGGACUCCUUCGCCGUCCCCUACGGUAGUUACUCCUACGCAGCCCCAGCAACUUCGCCCUGGAAUGGGUGCGACUCAGAGGAUUGUGGCCCCACAACUCAUUGUAAGACCACCUCAACAGCAGACGACCAUUCAGCUGCCGCCUGGAUUUACCAUACCACAGGGCAUGGUGCUGGUUCGCACUGAGAUGGGACAGCUGGUGAUGGUCCCACAGCAGGCUCUGGCACAGGCUCAAGCGCAGGCCCAGGCACAGGCCCAGGCACAGGCUCAAGCACAGGCGCAGAGUCAGGGACAGAACAGCAUCUCCCCUCGGCCUGCAACCCCCACCACCGGAGCCACCUUCAGAGUGACCACCACACAGCCUGCCAUCACCUCCCAGGCCAUCCGUCCAGGCCCGCCAGUCCAGGCCAAGAUGGUGCAGUCCCCCGCUUCCGCCGGCAGCCCUGCCCUUCAGGUCUCCAUGGCCACAGCCGCGGCCAAGCCGGCAGUGACCGUGGGCUCUCUGGCUCCGGCGGCGGCGGUGACGGCUCCUCAGCAGGCCCCCGCCGCGAUGGCGGGGGGGCAGAGCGGCCCCCAGGCCGGGCCCCAGCCUGCCCUGCAGCCCCUGCCCCCGCAGAGCGCCACGCCCGUCGUCGCGGCGCCCCCUGCCCCCGGAGCGUCCGUCAUCUCCCAGGAGAUGCAGGAGAACGUGAAGAAAUGCAAGAACUUCCUGGCCACGCUGAUCAAGCUGGCGUCCCACAACUCGCCCUCCCCGGAAACGUCCCGGAACGUGAAGGCGCUGGUCCAGGACCUGCUGGACGCCAAGAUCGAGCCGGAAGAGUUCACCAACCGCCUGCAGUCGGAGCUGAAGUCGUCUCCCCAGCCUUACCUGGUCCCCUUCCUCAAGAAGAGCCUGCCGGCCCUGAGGCUGUCCCUGCUGAACAGCCAGCAGUCGCUGACGCAGCCCCUGCAGCAGGCCAAACCCGCCCCGGGCACGCCGCAGGCCGCCGCUGGCACCGUGCCCGCCAUCGUCGCCGGGCCCACCGUCCGCGCGCGCCACCCCAACAGCGUCGGCGUGCCGGCAUCCAGCGUCCUGCCAGGGGGCGCCCACGGGCACUCUGUCGCCUUGGGUGUGAAGAGAGCAGGCGUCCAGGGGGGCCAGGUUCGAGUUCCCAUGGUGAUCACGCAGACCAUACGAGCACCAGGCGCUAUUGGAAAGGGACCAACAAUACAAGCAAGCAGAAGUCCCAUGGGCUUCGCUGUUCAGGUCUCCGCAAAUCAGAAAAACAAGCUGAACGACCCUGGAGGCGGUUCUUUCAGGGACGAUGAUGACAUCAACGACGUGGCGUCCAUGGCCGGGGUGAACCUGAACGAGGAGAGCGCCCGCAUCCUGGCCACCAACUCUGAGCUGGUGGGAACCCAGAUCCGGUCCUGCAAGGAUGAGACCUUCCUGCCAACGGGGCUGCUGCACAAACGCAUCCUCGAGACCGCGAAGAAGUUUGGCGUGUCAGAGGUCCCCAUGGAGACGGUCAGCUACAUCUCCCACGCAGCCCAGACCCGGCUGCGGUCCGUGCUGGAGAAGGUGUCCAUGAUUGCGCAGCACAGAACGGAAACGUGUAAAGACGGCGAGCGGUACGAGCAGUCCACGGACGUGCGGUCGCAGCUCAAGUUCUUCGAGCAGCUGGAGAGGAUGGAGAAGCAGAGGAAGGAUGAGCAGGAGAGGGAGAUCCUCCUGAAGGCUGCUAAAAGUCGCUCUCGGCAGGAGGACCCGGAGCAAGCUCGACUCAAACAGAAAGCCAAGGAGAUGCAACAGCAGGAGCUCGCCCAGAUGAGACAACGGGACGCCAAUCUGACAGCGCUAGCCGCCAUCGGGCCGCGUAAGAAACGCAAGCUGGACUCGCCAGGGGCCACAUCUGUAGGGACUGAGAUUUCGGGGAGUUCUGUGGACUCCCCGGCCGGCUCCUCCUCGGCCUCCGCCUCCUCCCGCCAGUACUCCCGGCACCGCAUCACGCGCGUCAACCUCAGGGACUUCAUCUUCUACAUGGAGCAGGAGCGGGAGACGGCCCGCUCCCUCUUACUGUACCGGGCCCUGCUCAAGUAGCGCCGCUCUCCUCUACACUCCUCUCCUCUCUCUCUCUCUCUCUCUCUCUGUAUCUCCUGCAAAUGUGCCUUUUCAUUGGGUUAUUUUGCUUUGUCUCAGUGUCGCAGCUGUGACCUUCCGAGUUACUUUAACAGAAACGAAGGAGAAAGACGAAAGAAACGAGAAAAACGGAUUUUGCCUGUUCGUGGCUUUUGCACCAGAGUAAUAAAGAGAGGGGGAAAAAUGCAGAGAUUCAGGAUGUUAACGAAGGCCAUGUAAAGUCUGGGUUUGAGUCACACAUGUAAACGUGUGUUUGCGUUAGUGUUUGUUUGAACUUUCACACGUCUGGCUGCCCAAAUAUUUCAUGCCUAUCGAUGGGCGAUUUUACCGAAUGAACUAUCCCAAAGCGAUGGAUUAUUGAUUGUAUAUAUUUUUUAAAGCAAUAUAUUCCAAAUAUUAUACCACAGCCUACAGUGUUGAUUAGGAGUGUGUCAAGUUUGGGUCAUUGCAUUUCAGGAAAAAUAAGUAUUUAAAGUUUUGGAAACUCUAGCCUAUCUGUGUUUUAUAUUUUUGGAUCAAUUAAUUGUUUAGAAUUAAGAGGAACAACAGCAUAACACAGGCACUGAACACAGUUAAAUGUAAAUAGUCAUUUUCUCAAUGGGUUUGAGCAUGUACAAACUUUUAAAACCAUCAAUAUUUUAGCGUCAAAGUAAUAUUCAAAAGUUCAUGUGUUAAUAGUCUGUUGUUAUGAAAAAUCAUGUAAGGUUAUCGUUUUUAUCAAGGUAAAAAGAGAUUCGGUUAUUUCAUUCGUAAAUGUUUUGUUAAUCUACGGCUCGUGUUGUACCAGUUGCAUACUGUAGGUCCAUAGACAUGCAUCAUUCUUGAGCCCCAUUUUUUCUUUUGUCAAUGUCAACAAAUUUAAAUAGAACACUGGAAGUUGAUUUAAAUGAUUGAAUUAUUUCCAGAAAUCUUGUUUUUAAACCAGUUUUUAAGUGUAAGUGGAGUGCUGCAUUUAAUCAUGAUGUUCAGACAAAGGGCUGGAAGCAAUGAUUAUGAUGUUGAUUAUGAUUAUGAUUGAUACUGUAUGUUCCCCUUCUGAAUCUCUUUCCUAAACCCUGAUCUUAUAAAUGCAUUGGAGCCCUACUUAAGAGUUCAGCAGUUGGAAUGGCUGGAGGAUCGUUUGAAAUAGUUUCACUGCUACUCUCUCUCAGAUUAGAUUAGGGAAGGGUAAGCAGAACUUCCCUCUUGUGGACCUGUGUUUUUGAUGCUCACAUUGGACACAAGUUGCACUGAACGAGUUGUUUUCAGUGGAGUCUUUAUGGUCUUUCCCGACCCUUAUUUUCAUGGCCUUUUUGUUUUAAAUUGGAGUUUCUAUGUAGGUGCCUCAUUUAGAAAUGUGUUCGCUGUAUGGACAGCCUUUCCAGUGGCUUUUCAAUGUGCUUUCAAGCUUUUGCUUUUUUUUUUCUUUUUUUUUUUUUAAACAGCACCGAUAAUUUUAAAUGCAUAUUAUUGCAAUUCAAUCCGAGAGAUGUGUUACUAAUGUACAUGAAACCUGUCUUGUUUCAACAUUAAACAGUAUUGUCUAUAGCAGUUAAAGGGAAACUUGUUUUGUAACUAUUUAUAUAUAAUAUUACUUUUUUGCAAUUGCUUUUAAGCUUGCUAUGUUUCAGGCAAUGCAAGUUUAACUUGGUAAAGUACUACAGCAGAAGAAAGGAAAUAUACAAAAUAAUUUAAACGAAGCACAAAUAGACCUGUUUAUCCACUGAUUUAAGACAAUAAUUUUAAUAAUUAUUUUUAUGGUUUCUGAUAAAUAAGGUGAAGGACAUUUCUAUUCCUCCAGCUUUUUAGCCAAAAUAUUAUUAGGGAGGUAUUACUGAUAUACACAGAUGGAAAAUUGUGUUUUAAUGUAUGGAUAAUUUGUACAUAUUGUUUACAGAGACCAUGUGUUUAUUAGAACUGUUAUUUUUGGUAAAAUGUACAUAUUCUGAAAUUUUCCUGUUUGUGUGAAAAGCAUACUUCUGUAUUUGUACCUAUUUUGUAAAGGAAUAAAGAAGCUGUUUACUAAA